UCUCUCCGCGAGUUGAUUCACUUUUAUUCUUUCUACUAACGCGGUGCUCUUUUUUUUUUUUACCCCCUCUUCCUCCCCCUUUUUUGGCUGGGUUGAAGGUUUGAGGGGGGGGGUUGGUGGUGGUUGUUUUUUUUAAUAUAAAAAUCCUGUUUGUUUUUAUUUUAUAUAUUUUUUUAUUAUUAUUUUCCUCUCUUCGCCGCCGCCCCCCUCGCACCUCUCCCCCGGAAAAAGCAAGGGAAUAAGCGCGAUUGAGAAGACAGACAGACACAGAGAGAGCGAGAGGAGAGAGAGAAAGACACACACACACACAAAACUUCACCUUCCCCCGAGCCGCCGGACCGCGACCUGCAAUCCGCAGGGCGAGGGGGGAAAAUAAAGAAGAGGGAGGGAGGCUGGUGGAAAACGACAGUAUUGGAGGGUUUUUCUUUUUUUUUUUUUUGUCCCCCAUUUCUUUUCCAUGCCGCUUCUCCUUUUGGCCUUUUGGAUGCUUCCUUUGCUUCCCGCCGGCUUCCCUAUGCGUUUUGCCCGCCGGCCGCCCCAGCUGCUCGGCUUCUCCAGCGCCGAACCCUAGAAACGACCUUGAUGACUGCCGGAACUGCUCUGGGCUCCCACCUCCUCCUCCUCUUCAUCUCUCUGUUUGUUAAGAGCUCCUGCGUGUUAAUUGACGUUAGCCUCUUCCAAGAGUUAAAAGAAAGCAUCUGAAGAUCACAUUUACCUUUGUUAGCAACAAGCAAGUGGGAGCGAUAAAUCAAACCAGCAAUUUUACUCCUAAAUGGAAAAUAGACCCUGUUAUGUGAAGUCUGAGAAGGUGUAGGUGGUACAGCUCCCGGAGAGGAGAUGCUUAUGGAACACUCAGCUUGAGGGAUUUUAAUGGCUUUCAGGUAGAACUGAAGUGGAGACAAUCGCAAUGAAUUCUAUGGACAGACACAUACAGCAAACUAAUGACCGACUGCAGUGUAUAAAACAGCAUUUACAAAAUCCUGCCAAUUUCCACAAUGCAGCUACUGAACUUCUGGACUGGUGUGGCGAUCCAAGAGCUUUCCAAAGGCCCUUCGAACAGAGUCUUAUGGGCUGUUUGACGGUUGUUAGCAGAGUGGCAGCACAACAAGGCUUUGAUCUGGACCUUGGAUAUCGGUUACUAGCUGUUUGCGCAGCCAACAGGGACAAGUUCACACCAAAAUCAGCUGCGCUGCUUUCAUCGUGGUGUGAAGAACUCGGACGACUCUUGUUGCUACGUCACCAGAAAAGCCGGCAAAACGACCCUCCGGGGAAGCUGUCCAUGCAAGCACCCAUGAACUCCAUGAAACCUUCCCUUUCACAUAGGUGCAUAUGUGACGGCUGCCACCUUGACAGACCCCAGAGAUUGAAACGGGGACCUCCAGAGCUGAAAGCUGAUGGAUCGUUUCCUUACGACUCUGUUCCUUGGCAACAAAACAGUAACCAACCACCAGGGUCCCUAUCGGUGGUCACGACAGUAUGGGGUGUGACUAACACAUCACAGAGCCAGGUGCUGGGAAAUCCCAUGGCUAACGCUAACACAGCUAUGAACCCAGCAGGCAACCCCAUGGCUUCUGGGAUGACAGCCAGCAAUCCUGGCAUGAAUUCCCCUCAGUUUGCAGGACAGCAGCAGCCCUUCUCGGCCAAGGCCAGCUCCAAUCAGUCCUACAUUCAACAAAGCAUGUACGGACGGCCCAACUAUCCCGGCAGUGGAGGCUUUGCGGGAAGCUAUCCAGGAGGUCCUAAUAAUCCUGCGGGAAUGGGGAUGCCGCCACACACCCGACCCCCUGCCGAUUUCACUCAACCAGCUGCUGCUGCCGCAGCUGCGGCUGUCGCCGCCGCUGCCGCCACUGCCACAGCUACAGCUACCGCAACUGUUGCAGCGCUGCAGGAAACCCAAAACAAAGACAUGAAUCAAUACGGACCGGUUUGUUCCUCUUUCCAGAUGGGUCCGGCACAGCCUUACAACAGCCAGUUCAUCAACCAGCCUGGCCCUCGCGGUCCCGCUUCCAUGCCAGCCAACCUGAACCCGGCAUCCAUGGGGGCAAACAUGACGCCUUCCAAUAUGAGCGGGCCACCCAUGGGCAUGAGCCAGGCCAGACCUCCAGGAAUGAGCCCUUUCAGCCACGGGCAGAGGAUGCCGCAGCAAGCUUACCCUGGUCCACGUCCCCAGUCGUUACCCAUGCAAGGCAUGAAGAGAACAUAUCCUGGAGAGCCAAAUUACGGAAACCAGCAGUACGGACCAAAUAACCAGUUUCCAUCCCAGCCUGGCCAGUAUCCUGCUCCCAAUGCUCCAAGACCCCUUACGUCGCCCAACUACCCAGCACAGAGAAUGCCAAACCAGCAAAGCACGGGGCAGUAUCCCACCCCAGCCGUUAACAUGGGGCAAUAUUACAAGCCAUCCAGGCCUCUUCCUGUAGCAAAUUACCCUCACUCACCUGUUCCAGGAAAUCCUACACCACCUAUGACUCCCGGCAACAAUAUGCCACCCUACCUGUCUCCUAAUCAAGAUGUCAAGCCACCUUUCCCGCCAGACAUUAAGCCAAAUAUCAAUGCUCUACCACCACCUCCAACCAGCCAUAAUGACGAGCUGCGCCUGACGUUCCCCGUGCGAGAUGGGGUCGUCUUAGAGCCCUUCCGGUUGGAGCACAACCUGGCGGUCAGCAAUCACGUCUUUCACCUGCGGCCGACCGUCCAUCAGACCCUCAUGUGGAGAUCAGACUUGGAGUUACAAUUCAAGUGUUACCACCAUGAAGACCGGCAAAUGAACACUAACUGGCCAGCAUCAGUCCAGGUCAGUGUCAACGCAACUCCACUCACCAUUGAACGGGGCGACAAUAAGACAUCGCAUAAACCUCUGCACCUCAAGCACGUCUGCCAGCCAGGAAGAAAUACAAUUCAGAUCACGGUCACGGCAUGCUGUUGUUCCCAUUUGUUCGUUCUGCAGUUAGUACACCGCCCUUCAGUCCGUUCUGUUCUUCAGGGCCUCUUAAAGAAACGCCUGCUUCCAGCCGAACAUUGUAUCACCAAAAUCAAGAGAAAUUUUAGCAGCGUAGCCGCCUCUUCGGGCAAUGCUCCCCUCAACGGAGAAGACGGUGUGGAGCAGACAGCCAUCAAAGUCUCUCUCAAAUGUCCCAUCACAUUCCGACGGAUCCAGCUUCCAGCAAGAGGCCACGAUUGCAAGCACGUACAGUGUUUUGAUCUGGAAUCCUACCUCCAGCUGAACUGUGAACGAGGCACCUGGAGAUGCCCCGUAUGCAAUAAAACAGCUCUGCUGGAAGGCCUGGAGGUGGAUCAAUACAUGUGGGGCAUUUUGAACGCUAUACAAAACUCUGAGUUUGAAGAAGUCACAAUUGACCCAACAUGCAGCUGGAGACCUGUCCCAAUCAAGUCAGACAUUCACAUCAAGGAUGAUCCAGAUGGUAUUCCUUCCAAAAGGUUCAAAACCAUGAGUCCCAGCCAGAUGAUCAUGCCUAACGUGAUGGAGAUGAUUGCUGCCCUGGGUCCGGGUCCAUCUCCCUACCCGUCAAUCCCACCACCUCCCGGAGGAACCAACUCCAAUGAAUACAGUAGCCAAGGUAACAGUUACCAAGGCCACAGCAAUUUCGAUUUUCCCCACGGGAAUCCCGGUGGGACAUCUAUGAACGACUUCAUGCAUGCUCCCCAGUUGUCACACCCACCGGAUAUGACCAGCAACAUGGCAGCGCUGGAUAAACCCUUAAGUCAUCCCAUGCAGGAACCUAUCCCUCAUCCUGGCAACACUGAUCAAUCCCAUAGCUCCAUGCCUCAAGGUUUGCACGUCUCUCAUCCCAGCAGCCAGUCAGGGCAGCCAUUACAUCACGGUGGGCCCCCGACUCAGACAUCCCGGCAGCCGACCCAGGCCGCUUCUAGCAACCAUCCUCACACCGAUCUGGCUUUUAACCCCUCGACAGCUUUAGAAGCUCAACCUGGUGGGCAGGGGACAUCUGACAUGCCGGAACCUUCGCUGGAUCUACUUCCUGAGCUCACAAACCCCGAUGAGUUACUUUCCUACUUGGAUCCUCCUGACUUACCAAGCAAUAGCAACGAUGACCUUCUCUCUCUUUUUGAGAACAACUGAAGCCUUCUGCAUUUCACUCCCAACCCACCUUCCUCCCGUUUGACACAUCCGUAGCUUCACAACGAGGAAUCUCGAGUAACUCUUUCCCACGAGGUCAAGCUCACCGCUCGAGCGUUACAGCAGCACACACUCCUUCCCGUCUUCACCUCGGACCUGCUUGAGUCCCAAGUUUGGGCUGUGGCGGUGGAGAGAAGCAAGAGGACAAUCUGGGGGUUGACCUCUUAGACUGCCUGGCCACAUCCCAGACCGUUUGUACAGCUGUGGAAAAAACCUCACACUCUUCGGGCUGAUUCUGCAGACCGAAAGAGUGGAUGACUUUUUGGGAUAUCUAGCAAGGAACAUCCCAGCCACUCUCAGCAAGGAAAGAAAGCAAAGAGCAACAGGUCCAUCCUUGACCAGUUUCAGAGUGUCUUUCCAACCGUUGUUCUUCCAUCCAUGCGUUUCCUUCCUUUGGCUGUAAUGUCUGUUCCACUCGGUCCUCUCCAAGUUAUGCAGAUUCCAGUCUAUCUGUCGGACGAAAUAAGGACAACCGUUGGGCAGCACAGUUCAGACUCGGAACUCGAAAAAUACCAAAAAGCACAAAGAAAUCAGUCAUGUCACAAGUAGGGUACACAUACAACACAUGUCAGAAGGAGACAUCAGACAGUGGGGCUUUUUCCCCCACCCCAUGGUCCUGUGAAAUCUCCAGAUUGUGGCAAGCAUGGGGUUUUUUUCCUAGUCAAUUGUAGCAUCUUUGAUUUGAUUUAAUCACUCUUCUGGGCAGAACAACUCUUUCCCUUUACACAACGUGUUGUGGUCCGAUGUCUCGUGUUUUGUUUUGUUUUCCCGAAAAAUGCUUUUUCUCCAUUGAUUGUCUUUUUGGGGUAUUAGAACGGCCAGUCCCUGAAAUUUUUAAAAAAAAAAAAAAGGAAAAGGAAAGAAAAAUGGGGAAAAGGCGAAAACCUUUUUUUUUUUUUUGCAUAGGAAAUAAGAAAACCCUGCAAAACAUUAGCCGUGAGAACGUUCUCUUUUCUUUACUCGGGCAGAUAAAAAAUUCCUCAGUUUCUACCGAAAACAGGAAAGGGGAAGGGACAAGAAAUAAAGGCCACCUAGCAAAAUGAGGGAAAAAGUUCAAAGUCAAGAUGGCCGCCACAACCAGGUGAUCAAAACUCUACUCCCUUUUUAACCUGCAGGGCGCAGAAUGGGACAACUCACCACAGCCAACCCUACAAGACGAAUCGUUGUAGGAUCAUGCAAUAAUUCAAUUGAAGUAUUUAAAAUAAUUUUUAGAAACAUUUUUAAUUUUUGUCAUUCCCCUUUCAUGUUAUUCCCUCCUUGGGCAUCUUUUCUUUUAACGAUUCUAUUCCACCGUUUCUUUGAUAUUCGUGUAACUCUUGUCCCGUGGCGAAUUUGUCCCACAGUGAGUUGGCCACACUGAGUUGUCCUAGGCCAGGGGCCUGCAAACUUGGCUCUUUUAAGACUUGUGGACUUCCACUUUGCUGGCUGAGGAACUCUGGGAGUUGAAGUCCACAAGUCUUAAAAGAGCCAAGUUUGCAGACCCCUGGCCUAGGCCCUACAGGGCGGAGGCGAUGUAAGUUAAAAAAAAGAAAAGAAAAAAGUGGUAGGUUUCCAUCACAUCACAGCUAAAAUCUUGACUGUUUUGUCUGACCAGAUGUCCCUGUCCACUUAAUCCAAACCAAGGAUUUGAGGAAUUGAAACAGGCUUUUAUAUUCAGAAAAACACCAAAUAACCCUAAGUACUUGUCUUGGGUUUUCCAGGCUGUGUUGUCAUUCACCAUCUUGUGGGUUAUGAUUUUACCUGACAGCACCUCUCCCUCUUCUCUUUUCUUUCUUUCUUUCUUUCUUUCCUUCUUUCUUUCUUUCCUUCUUUCUUUCUUUCCUUCUUUUCUUCCUUCCUUCCUUUCUUUCUUUCUUCAUUUUUUUUUAAAAUGUAGAUUUCCAAGGAUAUUGGGCAUGGGGAAAAAUGAAGUCAUUCUGGUGCAAUUUUCCUGCCCAUUCCAAUGCUGAAUGCUUCACUGGUAUUUGCGAUUCUCCCUCAGUUGCUUCCUUCCUGCAUGAGAUUCCGGUCAACUUCUUAGGCCACUGUUGUGCUGUCGUCCUCUUUUUACAAAUUAUGUACAGUAAACGAUGUAUUUUAAAAAGUCCAUGUGUGCCAAUUCUGCUCUGACGCAGGCCAACAUUUCAACAUCUGCUUUCUGUGUACACAUAUUGCCUGCCUGCCUGCCUUCCUUCCUUCCUUCCUUCCUUCCUUCCUUCCUAUCUUUCUUUCUUCCUUCUCCUUCUUUCUUAUAACUCAUUUGUCACUUCCUCUCCUUUCCUUUGCCAUAGGCUAAAUAAAUAAAUCUCUUUUUCCUUCUUUCCUCUCUCUAAUUCCUUCCUUCCUCUCCUCUCUCUGAUUACUUCCUUCCCUCCCUCCCUCUCUCCUUCCUUCCUUCCUUCCUUCCUUCCUUCCUUCCUUCCUCCCUCAAUCUCCUACAUCCCUUCCUCUUUCUCCUUUCCCUUGCCAUAGGCUAAAUAAAUAAAUCUUCUUUCCUUUCCUUCCUUCCUUCCUUCCUUCCUUCCUUCCUUCCUUCCUUCCUUCCUUCCUUCCUUCCUUCCUUCUCCUCUCUCUAACUCCUCCCCCCUCCCUCCCUUCCUUCCAU